UGAACAAAAACUGCUCUGUUCUCUUCGAACGCCCACUUCUUCUCCAACCCUCAACUCUCUCUUCCUCUCACUCGCUUCAAUCAAUGGCUGCAAUCACCAACUUCCUCCUCUCCAAACCACCUUCAUCACCGUCUCUCCCCAAGCAGCCAACCCCUCUCUUCUUCCGCCCCGCCACCAUCCCCUCUCUUCUCACCAAGCUCAGCCCCCGGCUCGUCGGCAGGCCCGACUGCCCUCGCGGCCUCACCUUGAGGGCCACGGCCUCCACCCAGAAGUCGUCGUCGCCGCCGGCUAGCGACGAGCGAGUCCAGCAGGUGCACAGCGCGGAGGAGUUCGACGAGGCGCUGAGGGCGGCGAAGAACAGGCUGGUGGUGGUGGAGUACGCGGCCUGCCACAGCGAGAGCAGCAGCAGGAUGUACCCCUUCAUGGUGGAGCUGAGCCGGCAGUGCAGCGACGUGGUGUUCCUGCUGGUGAUGGGGGACGAGUCGGAGGCGACCCGGGAGCUGUGCCGCCGCGAGAAGGUGGACAAGGCGCCCCACUUCACCUUCUACAAGUCCAUGGAGCGCGUCCACGACGAGGAGGGCAUCGGCCCCGACCAGCUCGUCGGCGACGUCCUCUACUACGGCGACAGCCAUUCCGCCGUCGAGCAGCUCCAUUCCAGGGAAGAUGUGGAGAAGCUGAUCGAAGGGCACAAAGCCGACCACAAGCUGAUCGUCCUCGACGUCGGCCUCAAGCACUGCGGACCGUGCGUGAAGGUGUAUCCGACGGUGGUCAAGCUGUCGAGGCAGAUGUCCGACUUGGUGGUCUUCGCCCGAAUGAACGGCGACGAGAACGAGAGCUGCAUGCGGUUCCUGAAGGACAUGGACGUCAUUGAAGUGCCCACCUUCUUGUUCAUCAGAGACGGCGAGAUCCGCGGGAGGUACGUCGGCUCCGGCAAGGGCGAGCUGGUCGGAGAGAUCCUCAGAUACCAAGGAGUUCGCGUCACGUACUGAGUUCCCCAUUACUUUUCGAAACGCGAUAGAUUAUCGAUCGAAUUUUCAUCACAAACGUCGGUAGUUAUACUCCCCAAAUUGCUGCUUAUGAAGUCGACAAGAGACCGUGACCUCGUACUGAAAGGAUUUAGCUCUUCUUG